CCGAGGAGGAGACAGAUGACCCUAGAUAUUCAUCUAGGGAGCAAGGUCCAAUAGGAUCUUGAUCGUCUGCUGGCCCUUGCUAUCUAUCAAGGUGAAGUGCCCUUCAACUGGUUGCGGUUGAAGGAGAUGCAAGACUAUUGGAACUACAUAGUCACACUCCUGCGUCCUUCGAUCAUGUCGGUGCCACGGCUGUUGACAUACGAGGGAGUUCGCACAAGGAUGAUGGACAUCAUUUUCCACGAGGUAGCAGCCCUCAUUGCACCUAAAAAGGCAAAGUGGGCUACCACAGGAUGCACGCUGCUCACAAACGGGGCUACUGACACGACCAACAAGCCCAUCAUGAACUUCAUAGCAGCAGGACAGUCCGGACCCAUCCUCGUCCGGACCAUCGACAUGUCACAUCGGGAGAAGACGGGAGUUGGCCUGGCAGACAUAUGGGAGGGAGUCAUCAGAGAUGACAUUGGCAUUGACAAAGUGAAUGCCAUCUGCACCGACAACGCAGAAGUGAUGAAGACAGCAGCUGGCAUCUUGCAGUCACACCCCGACCCGGCUAUGCGUCGCGUACCUUGGAUCCCGUGUGCAGCACAUUGCUUGAGCUUGCUGCUGAGGGACAUUGUGUCACAGCCUUGGGCGGCCACUGUCAUGAAGAAGGCGCACAAGUUAGUCAAGUUCAUGCGGAACAAACAACGAGCCCUAACACUUCACAAGGCCAUGAGGAACGCGCUAGUACUGAAGCGACCAGCGGAGACGCGUUUUGGGACAGCGUUCAUGAUGCUGGAGAGGCUAUAUGAGCAGAGGGGUGUGUUAGACAAGCUCGUGUCAGGGGAGUUGUGGGCGCAGGUGCGGUGGACUGGGGAUGCGAGGAGGGAUGAGCCCGAGCCUGCCCAUGCGGCUGCGUAUCGGUUGGAUCCUCGCCGUCAUGAUAUCUCGUUGCUGACGGACCGCAGCAGCCCAGUCGUGCAGAGCGCGCUAGACCACUUGGCUCGCUGUCAGGGUGCAAGUUGGGAGUCUGAUUCUUUGCAUAAGCUUUGGCAGGCAUUGUGGACUUUCCAUUGCGAGGACCCUCGCUAUUGGCCGAAGAGUGGAGCGCACAGGUGGGACGAGUUUGCGGUGAAGGACGCGGUUGAGGGGGGGAUGCAUGCAGCGUUGUGGUGGGAGCUUCACGGUGGUCAGGAGCCGAGACUGCAAACGAUUGCGAAGAGGGUUUUGGGUAUGUGGUCCACGACCAGUCCUUGCGAGAGGAACUGGUCCACCAACGAUUUCAUCCACACGAAGAGGAGGAACCGCCUUUCUGCAGAGAGUGUCGAGAAGUUGGUUUUCAUUCACUGGAACUCGCAGCUCCUCAGUGCCAGCAGGAGGACGGACAGGCGGUACAUUGAUGUGUGGGAGGACCAGGUGGAGGACCCCGCGGAGGAGAUCGAUGAUGACGAUAGUGUCCCCGCAGAGGUGCCAGAGGAGGAGUGGGAGGAGAUCGACAGGAGGAACAGGAGGAAGGAGGGCCGUAAUCGAUUUGGGAAGGGGAAGGCACCGAUGGAGGAUAAGGAUGAGGAUGAGGAGGGUGAUGAGGCCCUUUGGCAGGAUGCGGUGUGGAUGCACAGAGAGAUGAUGGAGGCGCAGCAGGAGCGGAGAGACGCAGGCCGUACGUUGCCUGAGGACCAGCAUGACUUAUUGGACGAGUGGGGUGGAGCGGACCCUCACACCGAUUUCGACGCCUACAUCAGGCAAAGUGUGGAUACCGUGAGGAGUCUACGGGGGAGGGUUGGGGGUCGGCUAGAUUUGGAGGAGCUUUUGACCGGGGAUGGCGAGGCAAGCGGCAGAGAGGUAGGGCAGGAGGAGGAGAGAGGUCAGCACAUUCCACAUUCGUCGAUUGCCGGAGAGGGAGGACAUACUGGGGGUGUUCCAGUUGAUGCACGUACGUCGGCUCCUGCAGCACCCCAUCACGCUGCUGAGAGGAUUCUGCGAGGGGCAGAGGAGGAGAUGAUUGGAGGGAGGGUCAUCAUGCGGAUGAGAGGUUUGAGGACACACACCUCGUGCGCCAGGUCGCUGAGCAGGUUGUACAUCGAGGCGGCGGUUCAUAGAGCAUCACUCAAUCGGUUGUCCAGAGGGUCGUGCUACGUGGCGGGGAUGGUGAUGGACUGGUGGCGAGCGGAGGUGGAGAGCGUAGGCCAGAGGGUGGAUGACAGGGCGGACCCAUUACCAGCGUCUGUCGCAGAGCUUGGUGCGGAGCAGAGGGUGGAGCAGAGGGUAGAUGAGAUGGUGCAGGACUGGACGGAGCAGAGGGCUGACCAGAGGAUUGAACACCGGAGAGAGCGGAGGGAUGGACACAACUUGGAGGUUCAGGUGGACGUACCAUGGACGAGAGCAUUGACGACAGUUGGACGUCAUGGUGGUGGCACUUCAUCUCCCGCAGUGUCCCCUGGCAGUUCCCUACACCACCCCCCAUCGGUGACUUUACGACGCGCGGCUGCGCACGCGAGUCGAGCAUCCACUUCGUCAGUGGCGGCUGCCCCUCGUGUGCGUAGUCCAUUAGGCAUGCCACUGCUCCCUGCACGACUUCCAUCAGCCAUUGUUGAUAAUGUGGAGACAAGUCGUGCAUGCAGGAAGAGGAGGAGGGAGGAUGACGGAGGCGCAUUACCACCUCCUCCACGAUCGCAGGGUGGCACAGGCAGACCUCGUGGUCGCUUGCGAGGCUCAGGAUCAGGCAGGGGUCGAGGCAAGGGUCGUGAUUCAUGGGCGAUGAGUGCAUUGGGGGCAGAUGACGCGGGUGAGGACGAUGUUGGGCAGGGCACCACUGCAUGCACUGAUGUGACGCGACCUACCAUGACCUACGAUGCACUUAGCAGGGAAGUGGUAGCGUUUGAAGCACGGUCUGCAUCAGUCUCCACUUCCUGGCACAAGGACCUGGACAAGGGCAAAAAGUGGAAGGGCCGUACUGUCUCAGGUCAAGUCAAGACCAAGGAUCAUCUGAUCCUUACAUUAGAUGAGGGAGGUAUGGACCAACUACCCUACGAGCAGAUAGAGUGGGGACUAGAGGAAGAGGAGGACAGUAGCGCUAGCCAGGGGAGGACUUACGCUGCUGUCGCGGCCGGAGGGAGGCCGCAAGGAAGAGGAGGAGGCCAGGGCCAAGGGGGCCGAGCCUCAGGUGGCCGUUCCCAUGACGAUCAAGGGGUUGGCGGUAGAGGAGGAAACCUCCAAGCGGGAGGAAGGGGUCAAGGUCCCCCGCAAAACCGUUCUGGCAACCGUUCACCUAAUAGGGCGACAGUGGAAUCUGCACCUGCUGCAAGUCCCGAGGGGGUUGCCAUCACACUCGAAGAAGAGGUAGAAGAAGAUACAGUAAGAGGGGCAGAGGUAGUUCCGAUUGCAGCUUCAGAUCCAGGAGGUAGAGGAAGAGGGUUCACUUGGGCUUGCGGGUCAUAUCAGUCAGAUCAUCCUGAAGAGUCUGCAGCUUUGCAAAGACGUCAACGAUCUGAGUGGUAUGGUCCUCAAGAUUCCUAAUCUGAACAAAGGCUGUGAGGAUGGACUGCAGCUGUUCCCUGCACUGCUCUUCAGUCAGUGAGGGGACAGUCUCUAGGAGAGCUACUUGCCUUCUCAGCAAGGUCUCCUUCCUCUCCUUCUCUGACUCCUGUUCCCGUUUUAUUGCACCAUCUAAGAGUGCCUGCAGAUGAGGUUUCUCAGCAUCACUGGCUGCAUCUAACAAGGCCUGCCAUUGCAAUGAAGUUAGUUGGGCCAUUUUCAGACUGUCAGUAUGGACACGUGGGUCAAAGAGUCGCCAAUCAGCAAAAGAAUCAAUCAGACUUUCAAGA